GCAAGAGCCAUUUCAUUGGAUGGAAAAGCUUAUAGAAUCCAUAAUGUUUCCUCCAGCGCAUAUUAUGUCACUCUUUGGAACCAAUUGUUAAAUACUAUGACAUGUCUCUAGCAGUCAGGAAGAGGAGCUGGGAAGAACAUGUGACCCAAUGGAUGGGCUUACAUUCUGGAUCUCUUGAUUGUAAUGUAUUAUGCAGGCAUGGCAUAGUAGUUGACAACUUGCAAGCCAGAAUGGAAAAGAAUGAACUUUGGUGUGAAAGUCUGAAAGAAAAAAGUGCUUCUUUGCCAGACUGCUGUCAUGUUGGCGAGUUGGUAGUCUUCCCCUCAAAGCUCUUCAGCCGUGUUUCCAAAGAAUUAGAUGAAAAUGAAAAUCAUCAGGAAGAAGGAGAAUUUCUCUCGCUGGAAGCUAGCGUGGAAACUUUAGUCAAUGUUUCUGUUGGAAAUGAGGAUGGCAACGGUGGCAGCAAGAACACGGACCUCCCGUUGGAAAUCAUCAACUGCCAGUCUAUGCCUGUUGAAGAUAAAUUGUUGGCUGAAAAGAACAGUUCAGAGGAACCUUCAGUGAAGAUCAUCUCAAGAGUAGAAGCAAAGAAACAAUCUGAUCAUACCACUGAGCCAACUGAAAAAAGGAACACUUCUAAUUAUGAGAGAGCAAUGAAAAACAAUAGUGGAGAAGUUAUCGUACUUGGAUGCAACAACUCUAAUGAAAGUAAUGUCUCAAAAGAAAAAAACUGGGAACCUUCUGUGGAAAAAAGUAUAUCGCAGGAGCAGAUAGUUCGUGGAGCUACAGCCCUACAAUAUGAAAAAUUAGAUGUUCCUCGUGAGAAGAAUGACGAUAUUUUAUUUCAUGAUGAAGGUACACAGCAUUGUGGCAAUGAUGUGACUAUAAGCAAUUCCAAUAAUUCUCUUGCACACUCACCUGGUUCUCACAUCUGGUCAGAGGAUAAUAAUGUGGAUAUGCGUAAUGCUACAAAAGCUCAGAAUGAAUGGGUUCUGAAUGCACCCUUGGUGUCAGAAGAUUUACAGGAUAAAAUGAUCGCACACCAACCUACAGACUGUCAAGUCGUCCUGCGCAAAAAAAGGGAAGUCAGAGACCAAGAUCAGUCACGACUGGACUCCAUGGUGCUACUCAUUCUGAAACUGGAUCAGCUGGAUCAAGAUAUUGAAAAUGCUCUCAGCGAAAGCUCCUCGCCUUCCGGCACUUUGACACAACCACAAAAACCCAUCCUUGAUUCAGAAUCACUUCCUGGAGGCUCAGUCGACAUUAUUCCUUUAAAUAACCAGCAAAUGAACAUACCAUCACCUCUUCUACCUCCUCUUCUCUAUGGUGCAGAUAAAGCAUUUCCUAUUCCAAUGGCUGGUUCUGGAGCAAAACCAAAGACUAAGGCUGUGCCAGCUAUUACAGAAAAGGUGAAGGCUGAGAUUGAAGCGAAAGAAGCAUGCGAUUGGCUGCAAGCAGCGGGAUUCCCCCAGUACGUUCAGCUCUAUGAGGAUCUUAUUUUUCCCAUUGACAUCACUGCGGUGAAGAGAGAACAUGACUUUCUGGACAGAGACGCCAUUGAAGCUUUAUGCAGGGUUUUUGUACCAGAAUGGCAACUGAGUGAAGAUUCAGAUGAAGAUGAGCCUUGUGCUAUCAGUGGAAAGUGGAUGUUCCAGCGAGAGAGCAAGAGGUGGUCCAGACUGGAAGAAUUUAACAUUUUCCCUCCGAAGUUUGAUAUGAAUUCUACAUCCCCGGAAGUGGCUCAUCUUAGCAGUGCGACCAGUCAUGAGAGCAUGCUGAUGGAGCAGAGCGAACAUCAGGAGGUAGCUUCCAUCCACAGCAUGAGCAGCAACAACAGCCAGCCAACUACCUCCCAGAGCGAUGCAGUCGCCACCAGGACCAACUCGGUCAUUAGCAUCACCUCUUCGGGAAAGCUCGCGGCCAACGAGGGAAUCCUGGCCCCCACCAGAGAGUUGUCGAGUUUCGGUUGCGGUGUGAAAGCCAACGAGAAGAACACCAAAUCCAAAACCAGGAGCUUGUUGAAGAGGAUGGAAAGCCUGAAGAUCAAAGGCUCUCCUCACGGGAAAAGUAAAGCUCCUUCCAAGCUUGGCCUGAUAAUCAGCGGUCCGAUUCUGCAAGAAGGCAUGGGCGAAGAGAAACUGAAGCAACUUAACUGCGUGGAGAUCUCCACCCUCAACGGCAAUCACAUCAAUCUCCCGAUGGUUCGCAAGAGAAGUGUUUCCAACUCCACGCAGACCAGCAGUAGCAGCAGCCAGUCAGAAACAAGCAGUGCCGUGAGCACGCCCAGCCCCAUCACUAGGACGCGCAGCCUCGGCGCCUACAACAAGCGUGUGGGGAUGUACCUGGAAGGCUUUGAUCCUUUCAACCAGUCGACAUUUAAUGAUGUCAUGGAACAGAACUUUAAAAACAGGGAGAGCUUUGCCGAAGAUGCAGUCUUUUUCAUCCCCGAAGACCACAAACCCGGAACGUUUCCCAAAGCCCUCUCCAACGGUAAUUUUGCUCCACCAAAGAGCAGUUCGGUGAACUGGAGAACGGGAAGCUUCCAUGGACACGGACACCUUUCUCUCCGGCGCGAGAACAGUUCCGACAGCUCCAAGGAUAUGAGCCUAGGACGGAGGCGCAACUCCUCCAGCUCGGUGUGCAGCCGGCUCAGCAUUUAUGACAACGUGCCAGGUUCCAUAUUGUAUUCGAGCACAGGAAAUCUGGCGGAUCUGGAGAACGAGGACCUCUUUCCUGAGCUCGACGACAUCCUGUAUCACGUCAAAGGCAUGCAGAAAAUUGUGAACCAGUGGUCAGAGAAGUUUUCCGAUGAAGGGGACUCCGAUUCGGCUCUGGAUUCCAUUUCUCCAUGCCCUUCAUCUCCCAAGCAAAUCCUGCUGGAUGUGGACAAUGAUAGGACCGUGCCCAGUGAUCUAGACAGCACGGGAAAUUCAUUGAACGAAACAGAGGAGGCUGUAGGAAUCCAGGAGAGAAGGGAUUCUGGGGUGGGGGCAUCACUGACCCGCUCCAACAGACACAGAAUGAGGUGGCAUAGCUUCCAGAGUUCCCAUCGGCCCAGCUUAAGUUCAGUUGCCUUACAGAUCGACUGUCAAUCCGUUGCACAGAUGAACUUGCUGCAGAAGUAUUCCCUUCUGAAACUAACUGCACUCUUGGAGAAAUACACGCCUUCCAACAAGCAUGGUUUCAACUGGGCUGUGCCAAAAUUUAUGAAAAGGAUAAAAGUCCCAGAUUAUAAAGAUCGAAAUGUGUUUGGCGUUCCCCUAAUCGUUAAUGUCCAACGUACCGGGCAACCUCUUCCGCAGAGCAUUCAACAAGCUAUGAGAUACCUUCGUAACAACUGUUUGGAUCAGGUUGGCCUUUUCCGAAAAUCUGGAGUCAAGUCAAGAAUCCAGGCCUUACGUCAAAUGAAUGAGAAUGCAAUAGGCAAAGUGAAUUAUGAAGGCCAGUCUGCUUAUGAUGUGGCUGACAUGCUCAAACAGUAUUUCCGCAACCUGUCCGAACCUCUCAUGACCAACAAGCUUUCAGAGACAUUCUUACAGAUCUACCAGUAUGUGCCAAAAGACCAGCGCCUCCAGGCCAUCAAGGCAGCCAUUAUGCUCCUACCAGAUGAGAACCGAGAAGUCCUACAGAUUCUUCUGUAUUUUCUGAGUGACGUCACGGCUGCUGUGAAAGAAAACCAGAUGACGCCAACAAAUCUGGCGGUGUGUUUGGCACCUUCUCUUUUCCACUUGAACACCCUUAAAAGAGAAAAAUCUUCUCCGAGGGUAAUGCAGAGAAAACAAAGUCUGGGAAAACCAGAUCAGAAAGACCUAAAUGAGAAUUUGGCUGCAACUCAAGGCUUGGGACAUAUGAUCGCUGAGUGUAAGAAGCUUUUCCAGAUCCCGGAAGAAAUGAGCAAAUGUCGGAAUUCUUACACAGAACAAGAUCUUCGACCUCUCAGCUUUGAGGACUUGGGACAAACUAACAACUCGGAGUUUGCCAGUUAUCAUUCUUAUAUCCAGGAUUGUAUGGAUGAUUUUUUCAAGGAAAUAAAGGAUAAAUUUAAGGGCUGGGUCAGUUGUCCCACCCCGGAACCAGCAGAACUUGCCUAUAAAAAGGUUUGCGAAGGUCCACCUCUACGGCUAUGGAAAUCCGUGGUUGAAAUCCUUGCGACGCCUGAAGAAGUAUUAAACCGUAUCAUUAAAGAACAGCAUCUCUGGGAUGAAGAUCUUUUAGAUGCUAAAGUCAUUGAGACUUUGGAUAGCCAGACUGAUGUCUAUCAAUUUGUACAAAACAAUAUGGCUCCACACCCAGCAAGAGACUACGUCAUCCUCAGGACUUGGAGAACCAAUCUCUCUAAGGGAGCAUGCGCCCUCUUAAGUUUCUCAGUGGAACAUGACCGUGCGCCCGUCCUUGGUAUUAGAGUGAAUGUGCUGCUGUCCAGGUAUCUUAUUGAACCUUGUGGGAUAGGAAAAUCCAAACUCACCUAUAUGUGUCGAAUUGAUUUAAGGGGACACAAGCCUGACUGGUACACAAAGGCAUUUGGGCACUUGUGUGCAGCUGAGGUUGUGAGGAUUAGAGACUCUUUCCUUAAUCAAAAUCUUGAGGCUAAGGAAGCAACAUCCAGGUGAUGGAUCAAGUGGAACAACUCAGCCUAUCUGGAGACUUUCGGGGAAGGUUGAUUAUCCACCCUAGGAUGGAUCUGAUAUCCAUUAGGUCCUAAAGAGAAACUUUCUGGAAUGGGUCUGAGAUUGUCCAUCAAAAUUAGGUGACAAUCCCUUGCAUUUUUUUAAAGCUGCUUUUUCUGUCUGUGUUAGGCCUAUAGUGUAGGUCUUAACUGGAAAACUUUUGGAUGGUGCAACUUCUUUUUUUUAAAGGUAAGAUAUUAAUGUUUGCUUAGGAGCUGUGAAUUGCUUCUGAGAAGCAAAGCUCCAAGACUUAAAUAUAUUUCUGAAAUAUAGUGAAAAUUAUUCAUUCCUCUGUUAGGUUAGCUUUCUGUAUGUAUGUGUAUGUCGUUUGCUGAGGGACUGCUGCAACCACUGGAUUUGGUGUGUUCCUCGGUGGAUUUUCACGACAGUAAGUGUAGGAAGGUUUGCACGAAGGCAGAAGUGUGAAUGACUAGAGUAUGAAAAGCCCAAACGGUAGAAUCAGAGUGUCUGGUACACUUGGAAGGCAUUGGGAAGAAUUUAGCAGGUGGGAUCAGCCUAAGAAUCUGACUGAGAGGCCCAUUACAAACUUCAGCUCUUCAUUCCUCUGAGUUCUUAUUGCUCAUGUCCGUUAUCUAAAGAUUGACAAGUGUGGAGGCUACAUCAGCCAGGGCAAAGAUGGAUAAAAGGCCAGAUAUAUAUUUCAGGGUGUGUCUUUCAUAUGGCAAUAAUUUUGUAUCUGCUCCUAAGUUGGAAGGCCACGUGUUGGCCGUGCUCAGACUUUAUAUUAUUUGGAAUACUUUCUUAACGAUCUGUAAGGAGCAUCUCAAGAAAAUGUGAAUGAAGUGGCAGCUCCAGAAAGCCUGAAUGUCUUGGAAAGGACACUACAUCGAUCCUGAUAUAUAAGAUUCCAAGGAGAAGAGAUCAUCUGGGGUGUGGAAGGACACUUUGUACAGCACCUAAUCUUUAAAGAAAACUCUGUGUUUUCUUAGUGCAUUUGGUUGCAGCAGAAAUCAAAAGUCUCUUUGGGUUAACUUCCAUAUCAUGGUCCCCAAAUCACUUUUCCUACCACCUUUUAGUAUCCGUUCACAUGUUAGGAUACAAAUAGAAGCCUAAACCAACAUCUUUGUUUCAUUAACAUAGGAAUAAAAGCUUGUAGUUUGAGUACAGGGCCAAAACUGCUUUCCAUAGCUGAACAGGGCAACACUGAAAAAUAUCAUAACUGGAACAUUAUAAAGUUCUAAAGUGUUUCCGCAUAGCAGAUACUCCUAGGAGUUAAACAUAUUCAUAUAACCCAUUCCAUUAUAACCGCAUAACCUCAUUUAUCGACAAGAUUUGGAGGAAAAUAUCCCCCAAAAGUUAGAAGCAAUGUAAGUUGGGUAAAAACGAAUAUCUGUGCCACGAAAUUAUGUGACAUAAUGCAAAGAACUGCAGGUUAAAAGAAGCAUAUUAAAAUUAUCAAGAGUUCUAUUGUGAACUUUGUUGUAGACAUCCCAGAAGUAUAAGCUAGAGCAGAGCCGUGGUUGCAAUAAUAAAUGAAAAUAGGAAGAUACAUGUAGGAUGUUGCCAUUUUACCUGUCUAAAAACUGCAUAUUAACUGUCCAGUGUUUUUGGGGGAUGAAGGGGAGUCAAAUUAUUAUUUUGCAUGUAAUAUUUGUCAACACUUUCUGCAUAUCUUGAUGAGCAUUAUUAGUAAGGAAACUUUUUUAAAAAGCCUUUAGAGAAUGACACUGUUUCAGUGAUAGAUUUUACUGUAAAAACAACAAAGCACAGGGAAGAUAAAUACUGUCCUGGUUUCAGAAUAUAUGUACUUUAUUCCCAUGCAUUGGCUGAUAGGAAGAAUAGAAAAUCAUUGUAACCCAUGCUGUUAAAUAACAUUGCUGUUGUGUAAUUCGAGGCUAAAACCUGACCCAAAAGCAGGACUUCAUGUCUUGCUGUGAAUCUACCCCUUUCCAAAUCUGUUAUGGGCCCCACUAUUGAAAAAAAAUUACACUUUGAUUGACAGAUGCACGAUUCAGGUGUAAAUGCUAUGAAAUAAAACGAAAGGUGGUUUAUCUGUAUAUUUGGAAUAAAGUCAUUGUAUAGAUCCAUUGGAAUAACUAAAACCGGAGCCUUAUUGCUGUAAAUUACUGCCAGGAUGUAUGUUGUGCCCAAAGAUGAUGUGAAAUUGGCAGCUUUGUUCAUUCAGAAAAGACCUGUGCAAUUUCCACCUGGUCUUCUUUCCCGGCCUUGGGACUGUGGCAUAUGUAGAAGAAGCUCUUAGAUACCGUUGUCAGUAUUAUUAUUAUUAUUUUUCAUAGCGUGUUUUGAGAUGACUUUUCAGAAUAUUAGGAAGAGUUCUCCCUAAUUCUGCACCUGUACUAAUGCCACCUUGAGUUGUUUUGGCCCGUUUAUUUUCCCUCUGUGUUCAAUCUAUAAGCAGUGUUACGUCAAGAAAGGGUCUGUGUGGUAGGUGAGAAUUCUUCCUUGUAUCUGAUUUAGAAGACUGUGUCCUUCAUGAUCAUCCUCUUCUUGGGACAAAAAAACGCGGCUCUGCUCAAACCAAGAAAUGAUAUUUACAAGGGACACCAUCACCAGAAUUAAAAAUAGACUGGUACUGACUGUUUCAGGGAAACACGGAAGUGCAAUGUUCUAGCUGUUCUAGGUCGUUCGUAUCUUCCCGUUACAGGUAGUCCUUGACAACCUGGCAACUAUAUAAAUUGCAAGUGACAGGACCUGGGAGUCGUAUAGAAAAUCCUGCCGUCAUUAAGCAAAUCCAUUGUUCUCUGGGGUGCAUUCCACCACCCGCCCGCCCACCCCGAAAACUGGAAGUAAAUUCCUGUUUCCAGAAGAAGUGAUAAAUUACAGUCACGUGACUGCAGGACGCUGCAAACAGCCCGACUCCCCAAAAUGCGGUCACGUGACGGGAGCAGCCAUUGGAACUUCAGAACCGGGUCUUUCAGGGGGUGUCCAUGGUAACUUCAAAUAAUCGCUAAGCAACCAGUUGUAAGUUGAGGACCACCUGCAACUGCUUUCCAGUCAAGUUCUUUGAUCCGAUGCCCCUCCAUUGCCAUUUACAUCUGGAGGGCAACAGGCAGCCAUCUUAUUCCUAGCUAAAAACUCUGGCAUUCAUUCCACUGACAUCCUUGUAAAAUGUGUUGCCAGGUGAAGGUUUUAGGUAUUGUGCCAUUUACGGUUCUCAUCAACAGGUGAAUUGUGUAUUCUUUGUAUACUUUUUAUUUCUUUAAAUAUGUAAAAAAAAAAAGGAAAUGUAUGUUGUACAUACCAUUCUGAUGUAAACGUGUUCACACUUUAUUGUCCAGCAUAAAGCAUGGAGAUAAUUAUUUAAGAUAUACUUGUAUUUAUACCUCAGAUAUUCUUUGAAGGAGAGGCAGGGUGUUUGUAUCUCCAGUUUGGCUGUCCUUUCCUCCAGUGUAAAUAUGUCCUACACAACUGAAAAUAAAAGAUAAAAAAGAAGAAAAGGUUUAUAGCUUGCUAUUAUAUGCCCGUACAGAACAUAGUCAAUAAAUGCACUAUUAAGUGUU